CUAAUAUAAGAGGAUAAAAGGAGAAAGAAGAGAAUUGGGAUAAGGAGAAUUGAAAUUUCAGCGAUGGCGAAGAAGGGGAAGAAGCAAUUGAUGUCAUCGGCACCGUGGCGAGGCGAGGAGAGCGAAGUGUUCGAAGAGGGAAAGCUGAAAGUGACGAGGCAGGGUGAUGGCACUGCGACCAUGCACGUUCCGGCUUCCAAGUCCAACCAUCUUCACCAGGACGAAGAUUCCAUCGAAAUUGAUCCCGAACUACGCUACAGUUUCCAGCGCAAUUUCCAGUUUCUUCAACGUGUUUUUAGCAUUGACACUGUUGUGAAACCUCUUCCUCCUGUCAUGGCAUACAAUGUCUCUCGCAACUUGAGCUUCUUCACUCGCAUUUUCACCCAAUUCUUUGAUCCUGAAGGUAUUGCAAAUGCCCAGAAAUCCUUGGGCAUAGGACAGGAAGAUAAAGUUCGCAAAGUUCGUUGAAGACCAUGGGUGAAGAGACAUAGAAUGGGAUUCGGAAAAAGGGAAAGGGCACUUACAAGAGGAAAUAGACUUGUCAUCUAUGAUUAACCUUUUUCUGAUUGAUCACUUUUGGUAUUGUCUAACUCGUAAUUCAGUUAUAUAGAUAUAUUGCAAAUUGAGCAGCACGACAAUUCGAUUACUUCAUUAUCUUAAAAAGAGCAAGAUCUUGGAGCAUGUUGGUAGAAACUUAAUCUAAUCACAAUUUAGUUUAGUCAACAA